AUGGCCAAAGAGUUUGAAGAACUCGCUCUCGAUGGACAUAACUAUCCUACUUGGGCGCUGCAUAUCAAGAUCAGCCUUGCCUCAAAGAACAUUCUGAGUGCAUUGCUACCUCCUGCAGAGAGGACUGAGCCACUGCAUGAUGCCUACAAGUACAACACAUUGUACAUUCUCAGGCAUCACCUCCAUCCUGAUCUGAAAGCAGAAUACGUGAUGGAAGAAGAGCCAAAUGUACUAUGGUUAUCCCUUAAAGACAGGUACGAGCAACAGAAGGCUGUAAUCUUACCUGAGGCGAAUCAUGACUGGACUCAUAUUCGUCUCCAGGACUACAAGUCCAUAGGUGAUUAUAACCAUGCUAUUCAUAAAAUCUGUGCUCGUUUGCGUUUUUGUGGCAAGGAACCUUCAGAUGCGGAUAAGAUUGAAAAGACACUUCAAACUAUGCUCCCAUCUGAUAGGGUCUUGCAACAUCAAUACCGUGCUCGCAAUUAUCAGACUUACUCUGAACUCAUACAUGAUCUGCUUCAGGCAGAAAAGCACGAUGAGCUUACGAUGAAAAAUCAUAAGCAACGUCGUGUUGGGGCUGCCCCUAUGCCUGAAAUACAUCAUGCUAUGAAAGAUGAGAAGAAAGGGAAUGGCUUCAAAAAUCAUUCCAAGUUUUCUGAUAAUUCAAAGAAAGCGCAGACGCAACAAGCGUAA